AUGACAGAUCUUUGGGAUCAAUUAGCUCUUAUCGAAUCUGAAGAACUAAGAGCUUUUGCACCUUACAUUGCUCGUAGGGAUGAGCAACGUCUGGUUCAAUUUUUAAUGGCACUUCGUGAUGACUUUGAGGGGCUGUGUGGCUCUAUUUUGCAUCGUACUCCACUUCCUUCGAUUGAUUCAUUAGUCAGUGAGUUGCUGGCUGAUGAAAUUCGUCUCGAGUCUCAAGCAGGAAAAGGCAUCCUCCCUGUACCUAGUCCUUCUGUUUUGGCAAUUCCUCUUAGACAUUUUACUCACCAUGAGAAUAAACCUCACACAAAGGUUGGGGUUGAUGAAUGCAGUUUUUGUAAACAAAAGGGUCACGGGAAGGCUCAGUGUCCUAAACUAGUGAAUCGUGCACCACAGCAACAGAGAAAUCAGUUCAGACCACCUCAUCAUGCUAACCAACCACAAUUCAGUAAUCAGCCAUCUCAUUAUAGUAGUCAACCACAUUUUGGCAACCACCCACAAUCUCAACCAUACCAUACUCUGCAAUUUAAUGACGCUGCUACUAUACCUCCAUCUAACUCAUAUGAUUUUGGGGCCUCAUCUUCCAAUCUUGCUCCUGCUGCCCUCUCAGAACAAUUUCAGAAGUUUGUUAGCAUGCAACCACAUGCCAUGUCUGCCACUUCUUCGGUAGGUCAGCCCCUUACUAGCACUUCAGGUAUGAUCUCCUCUACAUGGAUUUUAGAUUCUGGAGUCUCGCACCAUAUGUCUCCACAUUCGAAAUCUUUUGUUUCUUUGUGUCCUGCAUCAUUUGUCCCUGUCAUUACUGCUGAUGGUACUUUUAUGCCAUUAUUAGGUGUUGGUUAUGUUGUCAGCCCUCAUUUAUCACUUCCUAACAUUUACCAUAUUCCUAAACUUUCACUAAACCUUGUAUAUGUUGGUCAAUUGUGUGAUUCUGCUUCCCGCUUAAGAUUCUUAGGAAAUUUGCAAGUUCAUGACAUUUCUGAUUGUAGUGGUUGUAACCUUGCUAAAUUUUCUGCUCUACCUUUCAGUAAAAGUACUUCAUUCUCUGUUGCACCUUUUGACUUAGUUCAUUCUGAUAUAUGUGAUCAAGGUGGUGAAUAUACGUCAAAUAAAUUUUGUGAUUUGCUUGCUUUAGAUGGAACCGUGUAUCAAACUUCUUGUACAGAUACCCCUGAACAAAAUGGUGUUAUUGAAAGAAAGCAUAGACACAUUAUUGAAAUUGCUCGUUCUCUUUUGUUGUCCUCGUCUGUGCCUAGUCAGUUUUGGGGAGAAGCAGUUCUCACUGCAGUCAACCUUGGACAUAUUCCUGAUUAUUCUUCUUUGAGAGUCUUCGAUUCUACUUGCUUUGUUCUUCGUCCUACUGUAGAGCGUACAAAACUGUCAUCAUGCUAUGCACUUUGUGUGUUCCUUGGUUAUGGUGAUGGCAAAAAAGGAUAUCGUUGUUUUGAUCAAACUUCUCAAAAAUUAUAUGUAUCUCGCUAUGUUGUUUUUCUUGAGCACAUACCCUUCUUUUUUAUUCCUGACAGUACUCACAACUUGACCAAAUCAGAUUUUAUUCAUAUUGAUCCUUUUUGUGAGCAUACAAGUACCUCUUCUCCUCAAGUUUCUCAAACUGUAGAGUCUGAAUCUUCUCUUACUCCUAUAGUCCCUUUUCCACUUCAUUACUCUCGCAGGUCUCGAGCUAUUGAUACUGGUAUUUCGCAGGCUGACAUUUCUGAAACACCUCCGCCUACAGCUGUUCUAGAUCCUUCUGAUAUUGUGUAUCCUCCUCGCUAUCCUCAGCGCACUCCGUCUACUCAUUGUCUCUCUGAGCCUUUAUCCUAUAAAGAAGCAGUUACUGAUCCUCUUUGGCAGCAUGCUAUGAAUGAGGAACUUUUAGCUUUGCACAAGACAAAUACUUGGGAUUUGGCAUCUUUACUUCCUGGUAAACAUACAACUGGUUCUCGUUGGGUCUAUAAAAUCAAGACCAAGUCUGAUGGGUCUGUUGAACGCUACAAAGCUAGAUUGGUGGCUAAGGGGUUUUCUCAACAAGUAUGGUAUGGAUUUUGA